AUGAAACUUUCAGUAUUUAAUGAAAACGAUGAAGUCUUACUUUUAGGCGAAGGAAAUUUUUCCUUUUCACUUGCAUUAUUUAAUAAGAAUUUAAAUAUUAAAAUUAUUGCCACUUGUUAUGAAGAAGAAAUAAGAAAACCUGCCGAAUGCAAUGUUCAUGUUUUGAGAACAAAUGGUAUUCGAGUAUUAUCAGGCAUAGAUGCAACAAAAUUGAAUGAAUGUCAAGAUUUAAAAAAUAAAGUAUUUGACAAAAUAAUAUUUAAUUUCCCUCAUGUCGGUGGAAAAAUGCGUAUAGAAAAAAAUCGUCAACUUUUGAAAAAAUUUUUCACAUGUGCCGGAAACUUUUUAAAAUCAACUGGACAAAUAAUUGUAACAUUGUGCAAUGGACAGGGUGGAACUCCCGUCGAUAAUCCCCAAAGAAAUUGGAAUGAUUCAUGGCAAAUUGUGGAAAUGUCGGCACACGGCAAUUUUCUAUUAAUCAAUGUACAACCAUUUGAAAUGACAUUUUUUGAAAAUUACAUUGUCACUGGUUAUCGAAGUUUGGAAAAGCAAUUUAACACUAAAGGUUCGAUUACACAUUUUUUUAGACGCACCAAUAAUAAUAAUUUUAAGGAAAAUAAUCAAAUUGCUAUCGAUGUGGGAAAAUUGGAUUUAUUAAAUUUUUAUGGCAAUUGGAAUGAUAUUGUGCGUGUGGAAAAUUUGAAAAUUAAUUCCGAACCAAUUUCACUUUAUCCAUUGAAUUUUACAUUUGAUAUUACAGUAAUUGUUGAAAAUUAUUUUUCUGAUUCUAAAUUAUUUGGAGUGCUUUUUAAUUUUGCUGGAAAAAUAAUAGACAAUGUUGAAUUAAUUGAUUCGUACGAAUUUUCCAAUUGUAAUAAGAAGACAAGGACUUAUAGAAUAAAAUAUAUGUCUCAUUUUAUUCCCUUGCAUCGAAAACGUGUGAUUAAUAUUCAUCAAAAUAUUAUUGCAAAAAUCCUUGAAGAGAAUUUGCCGGUAACUGUUUCGAGGUAAAUUUAAAUUUUUUGUGAAUUAACGAUUUUAAACGUUCAAGCAAAAGUAAUAAUAUUACUGAUAAAAAUUACUUCUUAUUUAUUAAAUAGAUAGAUAGAUAGAUUUUAUUUCUCCAUCGUGUACUUUUUACAAAGUUUUACAAUUUUUUCUUUCCCACUAGUUUUUUUUCUAAAAAGAUAUAUACAUCAACAUAAUGAAAAAUCGUAAAAUUCUUAUUUAUUAAAUAAAAAAAUGUUUAUUUGAUAAAAAAAAAUUAUUUUUAUAAUUCUAGUAUUUUAAUUUUUAUUAUUUAAAGCAGUUUAUUUAAUUAUAAUAAAUUCUAAGUGUUAAUUAAUAUUCAAUGUAUAAUUUUCAAU